AUGGGAGUCACUGGGCUGUGGCGCCUGAUUGAGCCCGCCGGCAAACCUGUGCCCGUAGAAACUCUUGAAAACAAAGUUCUUGCUGUUGAUAUAUCUAUAUGGUUGCAUCAGAUGGUUAAAGGAUAUCAAGAUGCCAAAGGUGCUCCUCUUCCGAAUGCCCACCUGAUGGGGCUUUUCCAACGUCUUUGUAAAUUACUAUAUUUUAGAAUCAAACCUGUUUUUGUUUUUGAUGGUGCAUUUCCCGAUUUGAAAAAAGAAACUAUUGCUAAGCGGCAAGAUAACAAAUCAAAAUAUAAUUCUCAAUCAGAAAAAUUAAAACGAGAAAUAGCACUUUUAUUGGGAAAAAAGACUGCUAUAAAUGCCUUAUUAGGUAAACAAAUUUCACCAAAGAAAAAUAAACAAGUUGAAAAUAAUGAUGAUAUUUUCAAACUACCUGCCUUACCUGAAAGAGAAUCGGAGUCUGAAUCUGAAUCUGAAGAUGAGUCAAGCCAAAGCUCAACAAGCACUUCAUCAAUAGAUUUACAUACAAUUGAUCUUGAAUCUAAUAAUUUCAAAAAUUUACCUUUGAAAGAAAAGUAUGAUUUGCUUGUGGAGUUAAAAGAAACAAGAAAAAUGAAUUCAUGGGGAAAAUUACAUACUUUACCAAAGAGAAGUGAUAACUUUUCUGAUUUUCAAAUGCAAAGGUUACUUAAGAGGCGGAAGUUGCAAGAAUGCAUAGAAGAAACUGAGAAGGAAAUGGGUGAUGGAUGCAUGUCUUUAAAUGAACUCGAAUCAUUACUAAAUGAAGAGGGCAUUGACACUAAAGUAGAAAGCUUACCAUGUCGUCGUAUAGCUUCUAAUAAUACAACUCGAUAUUUACUUAUAAGUGAUGUUAAACAAGCUUUAGAAGAUGCGAAAAAGAAGGAAUCAUUAAAACAAAAAGACCAAAAUGAAGUGGAAAAUCAAAAAAAUAGUGAAGCAAAAACCUCUACCAAACACGAUGAAUUUGAAGAUGAUUUGCAGAAAGCUAUAAAGAUGUCUUUGGAGUGUGUAGAAGAUCCAGACACUAGUGCCUCUACUUCAAAAGCAGAUGAUUCAUGGACAUCAUGCUUAACAGAUUCUGAUUACAGUGAUGAUAAUGAUGGCUUUGAACAGCCAGAUAUGACUUCAGCUAAAGCAUACAUAAUGCAAUAUAGUGAUUUUACACAUAAAGCGAUAGAUAACUUGGUUACACGAAAACAAAAAGAAAAAUCAAAACAAAAGGAGUCAAACAUAGAACAGAUAAUAGAAGAGCUUAAUGAGGAAAAAACGAUUAUAGAGGAUGAUGUUGACUUAAUGUCUUCAGAUGAUGAUGUUGUUGAGAAGAAAAUAGACAAAAUAGAGCAUUUAAAUGGCAUGAAAAGAGAAUGCAAUGUUCCUGAUGAAAGGAAAAUACCAAAUGAAAAAGCUAAUACAAAUAUUGAAGAAAAAGUAAUAGGAAAUGAAGAAGUUGAUAUAAAUGAUACUCAAGCUUCAAUAGUUUGUAUGGAAAAUUCUACAGAUGAAGUCAUAUCUCUGGACACAAGUAUGGAAGAUGUCCAUGAAUCAGUUUCAACUGAAAUAGAAAUAGUAAAAUCUGCCCUUGAACAAUCUGUUAAAGAAUCUAGUUCUAGUGAAGAUGAAUUUGAAGAUGUUUCUGAUAGUGAUGAAAAGUCAAAGAAACCAAUUAUUGAGUUAACUCUUAAUAUGGGAGCUCAAUUAGAAGAUGAUAUUUUUGCCGAUAUAUUUGACAAAACUGAUAAAAAAGAUAUACAAAAUUUACCAUCUGCCACCACUGAUGAAGAAAAAUUGGCUACAAUUAAAGUUGAUAAUAUUGAUACAUCUGUAGUGGACGUAAAAAUAAAUGAAAAAAUGCCAAACAAAUUAAACAUUGUAGAUAAUCAAGACAUAUCAAAAUCAAAACCAACAGAAGAUAAUAUAGAAAAUAAAGAUAUAACAACAAUUUGUACACCUAUUGCUGAAGAACAUGAUGAGCAUAAGCCUGUACAAAGCAACGCAAAACAAAAAGAACAAUCCAUUACUAUUAAUAAUAAAGAAACUGAUGAUUCAAAUAAAACAUCUAAGACAUCAGAAAAUAACGUACUAUUAAAGGAAAAAUUAAACUCUAUGGCUACUGAAAUUGAAGUUGAGGAGGAAGGUUUAAUACAAGAGAAAGGUCGCUUAGACCGAAUUGGCAGAAAUAUUACGGAACAAAUGACUAAAGAAGCGCAAGAACUGCUCCAAGUUUUUGGAAUUCCAUACAUUAUAGCUCCCAUGGAGGCUGAAGCUCAGUGUGCGUUUCUGGAAAGUGUUAAAUUAACAGAUGGAACUAUUACAGACGAUAGUGAUAUAUGGUUGUUUGGAGGCAGAACUGUAUAUAAGAACUUUUUCAAUCAGAAAAAACAUGUCCUACAAUUCUUGAGUGAGAGAAUUGAAAAGACUUUUAAUUUAACUCGUGAACAGCUAGUACUUCUAGCUUUAUUGGUUGGAAGUGACUACACAACUGGAGUACAGGGGGUGGGUCCAGUCACAGCUUUAGAAAUAUUGGCAUCCUUCCCCUUCAAUAAGAAAAAGUUACAAAAUGAAUAUCCAAAUAAGCAGGCACUUUAUCAGGAGUUAGUCAUUGGAUUACAAGAAUUUAAAAAGUGGGUGAGAGCUGGAAAGAGAACAGAUAAUAUAAACUUAAAGAAGAAACUCAAAAAUAUUAAACUUACAGAUGAUUUUCCCAGUGUUAGGGUCGUCCAAGCUUACUUAGAGCCAAAUAUUGAAAGAAGUGAAGAAAAAUUUACAUGGGGCGAAAUAGAUAUCACAAUACUAAGAGAUUACACUAAGUCCAAGUUUGGUUGGUCUCAACAUAAGUUAGACGAAAUUAUUAAGCCUGUACUUAAGAGGCUGCUCGAACGCAAGACUCAAAGAACUGUACAUGAUUACUUUAAACGAAAAAUAGAUUUCCAAUCAUUAGAGGAUCAAAUGAGUAAACGAGUUAAAGCGGCGGUACAAAAAAUGGGUCCAGAAAUGCCAAUGCAAGGAUCAAAUGAAAAAGAAGUUACGAAAGCUAACAAAAGGAAAGCGGUUAAGAAUAAAAACGUAGAUGAUUGUGCCAAAGCGGGUCCUUCUAAAGCAAAGCAGAGUAAGAACGAAGAUAUAACAGAAAUAGAACAAGUUGUUCGAUCAUCUUUAAUUAAAAGUACUGAAAACAAAUUUGAUAUUAAAAUUCCAAAAAGCGAUAGAGUGCAAGAGAUAAUCCCACAAAGAGAAAGGGACAAACAACACUUGUUAGAAAAUAAACUGAAGGCAAUUGAAGUUUUUCGCAAAACAAAGAUUGAUUGUAAAAAGAAAACAACGAAGAGGAAACAACCCGCGCCUAAAGAGGAAGCUGAGUUAUCAGAAAGUGACAGUGAC